UGUUUGGAACAACAGAAAUGACUACACUAUACAUGCCACUGUUCAGAACCUGCAUAACCUCAAGAUCACUCACUCAACUCCAUGCCCGCCUCAUUAUCACAGGUCUCCACAAAGAAGCCCAAGCUUCCACUAAGCUAAUAGAGUCCUAUGCCAAAAUGGGCUCCCUUGCAACUUCAAGAACCAUAUUUGACUUAUUCCCAGAACCCGAUUCUUUCAUGUGGGGCGUGCUGAUCAAGAACCAUGUCUGGAAUUGCUGCUUUCAAGAAGCCAUUUAUCUCUACGACGCCAUGCUUUACCAGCUUCCUGAAAUGAGUGAUUACAUAUUCCCUUCCGUUUUGAGGGCCUGCGCUGCAAUUGGCGAACUGGGUGUCGGCCAAAAAGUCCAUGGGAGGAUAAUUAUGACUGGGUUUGCGUCUGAUCCUAUUGUUGAGACCUCUUUGUUGAAUAUGUACGGCGAGCUGCGGAGUGCAUUCUAUGCACAGAGACUGUUCGAUGGAAUGUUGAUAAGAGAUACAGUUUCGUGGAGCUCGAUCAUUUCCUGUUAUGUACAUAACAAUCAGCCGGGUGAGGGUUUGAAUGUAUUCAGGGAAAUGGUGAAGGAAAGUGUUGGAAUUGAUUCAGUUACACUGCUUAGUGCAGCAGAUGCCUGUGGGGAGUUGGGUCUAUGUAAAAUAGCAAAAUCUGUGCAUGCUUAUAUGUUGAGAAAAAACAUCCCAAGUGAUGGGGCAUUGAGUAAUUCCCUUAUUGCAAUGUACGGGAAAUGUGGAGAAAUAGCUAACGCUGAGUCACUCUAUCGGCGUUCUAUCAAUAGGAGCACUUGCACAUGGACAGCAAUGAUUUCCAGCUUUAAUCAGAACGGAUGUUAUCGUGACGCAUUAUCAGUUUUUGUUGAAAUGCAACAGUCAACUGCGGAGCCCAAUGAAGUCACUUUGAUGAGCAUUUUGUGUGCUUGUGCAAGAUCAGGUUUGUUAAAGGAAGGGAAAACCAUUCACGGUUUUCUUAUCAGAAAUGAUGUUAUAGACUCUAAUCCUAAUAAUGACGUGCUGAGGUCUGCUUUAGUAGACUUGUAUGCCAGUUGCAGAAGGCUAGGGGAUUGCCACAAGGUAUUUGACACAUCUAAACAUCGGCAUAUCAUUUCGUGGAAUAUGCUUAUAUCCGGUUACUCCAGUGAAGGGAUGUGCAUAGAGGCAUUGAGGCUAUUCAUGGAAAUGAGAAGCAAGGUAAUACUUCCAGACUCUUUUACCCUUGGAAGUGUCAUUUCAGGUUGUGGAGACAACGGAUUUUCUCAAACUGGGAGCCAGAUGCAUUGCCAUGUCAUCAAGGCAGGAUUUUCAGGUAAUGAGUUUGUCCAGAACGCACUAAUUGACAUGUACUCUAAAUCCGGGCUUUUGUGUUCGGCUUAUGCCGUCUUUGAGGAGAUCAAUGACAGAGGAGUUGUGGCUUGGACAUCAAUGAUGUGUGGGUUUUCCCAAAACGGUAAAUCUGAGGAGGCUAUUGCUUUGUUUGAUGAAAUGUUUUCCGGUUCACUUCCAAUGAGCGAGGUGACUUACUUGAGUGCAAUUCAAGCGUGCUCUAGCAUAGGGUUUCUUGAAAAGGGAAAAUGGAUUCACCAUAAGCUGAUCGUCUUUGGUGUAGUAAAGGAUGAUUUGUACAUCAACACAGCUCUGACAGACAUGUAUGCUAAAUGUGGAGACCUUCGAACAGCUCAACAAGUCUUCGGGAGAAUUGCAGAGAAAAGUAUAAUCUCAUGGAGUGCGAUGAUAGGCGGUUAUGGCAUGCAUGGUCAUAUCACUGCCGCAAUAUCACUCUUUUCUGAAAUGGUAGAUUCUGGAAUAAGACCAAAUGAUGUGAUUUUCAUGAAUAUUCUCUCUGCUUGUAGUCACGCUGGGUAUGUGAACGAAGGGAAGUAUUAUUUUAAGGCCAUGUUUGGUUUCGGUAUUGAGCCACAAACCGAACACAUCGCAUGCCUAGUGGAUCUUCUUAGUCGGGCAGGCGAUGUAGAAGGAGCAUAUGAGAUUAUCAAAUCAAUGCCAUGCCGUGUAGAUGCUAGCAUCUGGGGUUCACUCAUAAGUGGGUGUAGAAUCCACCACAGAACAGAUAUUAUCAGAAGCAUUCAGGAGAACCUUUUGAAUGUACAGACUGUGGAUAGUGGAUGCUAUACAUUAUUAAGUAAUGUACAUGCAGAGAGAGGGGAGUGGAGGGAAAGCAAGAGUGUUAGGUCCAAAAUGCAUAGUGCGGGCCUUAAGAAGGUCCAUGGGUAUAGUAUGAUUGAGACUGAUAGGAGUGUUUUCCCAUCCACUGGAUGAUCUGGACUUGCUCGCUUGCUAGAGCUGGGGGUGUUCCGGUGUUUGGAUCUGAUUCCCUGAAGGAGCAGAAGCAGAAGUUGGAGUGUUUGAGUGAAAGUGCAGAAGUGAUUCUGGUGCUCUAAUUUACUCCCAGAAUCAGUUUUUUUAGAAGCCGGGGGAGACCAGUUUCUGAAAACUGAUUCUGAUUCUGCUUCUGCUUUAAAAAAAAAGCAGAAGCAGAAUCAGUUCCAAAGACCCCCGUAGUAUGUACUAUGUACAUAUUCUUGCAAUAGAAUCAAUGGUCAUGUUUAACUCAAAAUGCUACUACGUAUUUGUUUUGUGUUUAGCGAAGAAAUGCAAUCGUAAUGCCAACUUGCCAAGUGUUAUUUCUUCUCCACACAAAAACAUCUUAAAAACAUCAAUUUAAAAAGUUUCUUAAAAUAUUCCAUUUUCUAUAAGAAAAGAGGGAAAACAUUAUAUUGUACUCCGUAUUUAGUUUGGCAAAUAUUCACAUAUUAAUAGAAUUUAUUGGUGUAAUUUUGUGUUUAUAUUUUUUAAGUAGGUUUUUCUUUGAUUUACCUGAGGACCAUUGAAACGAAGGGAUGAGAAAUGGUGCACAUGAGCGUGGGAACAUGAUGAGAAAUGGCGCACAACCGCACAUGGAAGAAAUUGAGUUGUUUCACCUUGUAGGGAUUGGUUGAGUGAUGCAGAAAUAAUCUGAAAUUGUGAACGAUAUAUUAAAAAAAUUGAUUAUAAAAAAAACUAUAUCCAGGUUGAUGAAAUAUUGCUUUUCCCCGUUUUCAUGGGGUUUUGGUGCUAUAUUAUUGAUAUAUCGUUGUGUUUUAUUUUCUCUGCACUAGUUUCAGGUAAAAAGAACUCAUAGUGCUUUUUGGUGCAAGGAUUUGGCAUUAUCGUUCAAGGGACAUAUAUAAGCACUUUAGCAACAUCAAGAUACUGUGGUUCAAAGAGGUAUUUUGGCAUUUUAAUGAAGAUCCGGGGCCCGGCUGUGUUUGGUGUGGGAAGUCAACAUGGUUGGCAUUAUUCAUAUAGAAAAAGAAUAUUUAAUGUUAGACAUAUUGAUAUUUCACAAAGAUGGUUUUGGUGAGUUGUAGCUGGAUGGCUGUUCGAAGGGGACGGUCAGAAUCUGCUAGCAUUGAGCACAGCAAGAGUCACAAUGAGGACAUAUUGGUGCUUUUUUCCCAGCAGAAUUUGGCAACAUGAGUUCAGUGUGCUCUGAAUUUGGAGCAACACCACAUCGCCCAGCAACUGAGAAAUAAGCUCGCUGAGGUUAAAUAAGAUGUUUUUUAGAGAAGCAAGAGUCUAGACAAGAAUCAGCCUCAAAGAGUGAAGUUCAAGAUUUGGCUAUCAUCAUCUUGCGCUUGGGGUUUGUUGGGGCAGAUGAGGAAGAUGAAGUAUUUAUGGAAGAGGAAGCUGCCAUAAAGCAUUUAUUUUGUGUGUGUGUGUGGAGUGUUCCGUAAAUGUGAGGACUCAACGGGUUAGCAUGUGUAUUUGUAACCUCCAAAAAUAGAAAUUUCCUUCAAAAGUAGGAAAGAAGCCAAAAGUGCAACCACUUGUGGAUGUAAAGCAAAUGCUCAUGUACACGAAUUAUUUAGUGGACAUCCUUCUAAUCAAACCUUUCACUUUCUAA